AUGUUUAACACUACUCCAAUUAACAUUGACAAAUGGUUGCAGGAAAAUGCAGAUCUUUUGAAGCCACCGGUGAAUAAUUAUUGCUUGCACAAAGGGGGUUUUACAGUGAUGAUCGUUGGUGGGCCCAACGAAAGAACCGAUUAUCACAUCAACCCAACCCCUGAAUGGUUCUACCAAAAAAAGGGAUCUAUGCUUCUGAAGGUUGUGGACGAAAGUGAUGUGGAACCAAAGUUCAUUGAUAUUACUAUCAAUGAAGGUGAUUCUUACUUAUUGCCUGGGAAUGUUCCUCACAGUCCCGUUAGGUUCGCUAAUACUAUAGGUAUCGUUGUGGAGCAAGACAGACCUGGCGGAGAAAAUGAUAAGGUAAGAUGGUAUUGUUCGCAUUGUCGCCAAGUGGUUCAUGAGAGUGAGCUCCAAAUGCUAGAUUUGGGCACGCAAGUGAAGCAAGCCAUUUUAGAAUUUGAAAAUGACGUUGAAAAGAGAACGUGUUUCCAUUGUAACACUCUAAACUACGCCCGUCCCCAAUCCAAUUGA